UUUCUGGAGAGUCCGCAUCCGGUUGAGAACCGGAUGUUUUCAUCGCAGAUUCCGCGACAGCAGGCUGACUGAAGGGAUUGGUGUACUAGGGGCGGUCGCGGACGGUGUGAAGGUGAGAGGUGUGUCUUAACAGGAAGUCAGGCUUCGCCUGGGGAGACAACCCGGACCGGACCGAACCAAACCAAAUCGAAUCAUCAUUCGCCCCGCCCCAUGGAGAACAGGAGAGAGCCGGACUGAGCUGAGCUGAGCACGGCCCAACACCUCUAGGUUCCAGGCUCGUUCCGCCGAAGUAGAGGAGCCGGUGUGCUCGUGGCUGGAGAAGAGAAAAUUGCUGUAGUCGUCGAUAAAAGUGAUCACGAGACAGCAGUCUAGUUUUUGGCGGUCCUUGCAGUGGAGAAAAGGCAAAUCCCACGUCGUUGAAGCACCUUUAAUAGACACACCGUGGCCAUGUCCUCUGACCUGCUGGUGGAUCUGCAAGAUGACCUAGCAUCAGAUGAUGCUGCCAGGGCUUUAGAUCAACUUAAGCUGUCUCCAUUGGAAGACAAGACAUGGCCAGCUGAGGAGGCUAAAGAAGUGGUAAAAUCAGAUCCAGAAGUACCACGUGUGCCUGAUGGGCCUCUUCAUCUCCGCUGGGAUGAUCCAUACUAUGACAUUGCUAGGCAUCAGAUUGUGGAAGUGGCUGGUGAUGAUAACUAUGGCAGAAAGGUUAUCUUGUUUAGUGCUUGCAGGAUGCCCCCAAACCAUGAGCUGGACCACCACAAGCUUCUUGGGUAUUUGAAACAUACACUGGACCAGUAUGUUGAAAGCGACUACACUCUCAUUUACUUUCACCAUGGACUCACCAGUGAGAAUAAACCAUCCUUAAACUGGCUGAGGGAUGCUUACAGGGAAUUUGAUCGAAAGUACAAGAAGAACAUCAAAGCUCUGUACAUUGUCCACCCAACAAUGUUCAUUAAAACAAUUCUCAUCCUGUUCAAGCCACUGAUCAGCAUCAAGUUUGGUCGGAAGAUUUUUUAUGUGAACUACCUAAGUGACCUGCAGGAGUAUGUAAAGAGUGAACAGUUGGUAAUCCCACGGCAGGUGAAAAUGUAUGAUGAAAAGUUGAGGGCUUCAAUGAAGAUGCCUGUCCAGGGUCAAAGACCUGCCCCAUUUCGGCCGUCCCUGCCGCACCAGCAGUUUGGAGUCUCUCUAGCACACUUGCGAGAGAGAAGUCCUAAUGAUGAAAAAAUUCCUUUGGUUAUGAGAGAAACCAUCAGCUACCUUACUGGUCAAGGGAUGCAGACAGAAGGGAUAUUCCGAAGGUCUGCUAAUGUCAACAUGGUUAAAGAAGUGCUGAGUAAAUACAAUUCUGGAAUACAAGUCAACUUCAGUGAUUACGAAGACAUUCACCUCCCUGCUGUUAUCCUUAAAACAUUCCUACGGGAACUUCCGGAACCUCUACUUACUUUUCAUCUCUACAAUGACAUUGUCAAUUUCAAAAAUCUUGAGGGUGAUGCAAAGAUCAGUGCUGUCUGCGGAAUGCUGCACACUCUCCCGACAGAGAACUUGGCAUCACUGGAGUUCCUUUUAGGCUUCUUAGUACAGGUUUCUAAACAGAGUGAGUUUAAUAAGAUGACCAAUACUAAUCUUGCAGUGGUGUUUGGACCAAACCUACUGUGGGGGAAAGAUGCUGCCAUCACCCUGAGUGCAAUUGGACCAAUCAACAGCUUCACAAAACUUCUCCUCGACAACUAUAAAGAAAUCUUUGUGCAUGGAGGCCUUCGUUAAGCUGAAAUGACUUCCCUUAUCCCUCUGUGUGUUAAUGUAAAUGCCAAAUACUUUUUCAGUUUGAUCAUUUGCACGGAGGACACUCAACGUUUCAUUUUGUGUUUGAAAAAAAGUGUGGGAGCGGGCACCCUGGUGAGGGGCAGGUCUCCAAACUCAGGUCAGCUCGCUGGGUCAGGCUUGGUUCCCCCACGCAGUGCUUUUAUGUGAUGCAAUGUGUUGUGCUUUUAGUGGAGAUAUGAGUACUGAAGUGGAGUCUUCAUUGGCCGUCAAUGUUAGCAGAAUACUGGGGGCAAGUAAAUGAUACUUUCCUCCACAGACUUUUCAGCCACAGAAUCAUUUCACCUUUUAUCAUUCCCCACACAACUACCUAUGACCACCUCCACUACUCAUAAUCAACAGGCUAUAGCAUUUGUCCCCUCACAUUUUUCACGUAGUGCACUGUAAACUCUUGUUCCCUCACGUGUCCCUCUGCUUACAGUGUUUUAUGUUCAUGGGUUUCACUUACUGCCAGACAAAUUGAGGGGCUGAGCUAGUAAAAAAAAAAAAAAAAAAAGAUUUCAUUGGCUCUUGUAAAGGUGGUGUAUGACUUCAAAGAAGCACCCUCAGUUUAGUUUUCACAUGUCUGAUUGCUGCCACUACACUUCUGCUGACCCCUCUUUAUGUGAUCUUCAACCUUGUCCACUCCCAACGUGAAUAACCAAUUCUGCACUUCACUUUUGCCUCUUUUAUUCCAGAAGUGACUUUUUAUAUUCUGUAAUUUGAUAUAUAUUGUAUUAAAAAGCUUGUGAAAACA